CUGAGGUCAGGGGUUUUUCCUCCCGUUUAUCUCCCGCCAGCGCACUGCAGCACUGUGGAUCGCCUCCAUACUGCAUGCCAUGUCCUUACCACAUGUCAUGACUCCACUGAGCUUCUGCUUCUGCGCCCCAAGUCUUUUCCUCACCGGACAAGUUUUGCUGGUGGUGAUCCAGGCCGAUCAUAUUGCGGGGUGGGUCCAGAACCCAGUUCGGUUGACUUCAGAGCCCUGGGUGCCGACCAAGCUCUGGUGGCACCUCUCUGAUCGUCCGCCCAAACCCCCGCAAGCUCACACAUCCCAGGCAGGUGCAGGGAACUUUGAUUACCUGGGGUCCUCUGCUCCCUCUCAGAUGUUCUCCCCACCCCUGGAGUUGACGGAGAGUUUUCUUUCAUUCCAAGAUACGGAUACCUCUGCGCAGCCGCACCCAGAGUCAGAUCAGUUCACUGUUCCACAUCAGCAUCUGACCAACAAAAUGACUCCACCGAGGAAGCUGCCAGAGAACAUUUUAAAGCUAAAAGGGGAUCAAAAUCAUUCUCCACAGUUCAAACGUAUCUCCGAUCUGGACCAGGCUACAGAUAAUCAGUUAUAUGAAAUACUUGCUCCAUCACUAGACAGUGAGAAUUCGAGAGUAACAAAGUUCAUAGCUUCACCCCAGGACUUGAAGAAAGAUCUAGCUCAGCACAAGAAAUUUGCUAAGGUGAUUGUUGGAACUACUGCAAACCGAUUUGCAAAACCUCCAUCGCGAAAAGAAACUAUGGAGGAUGAUUAUUGGUAUCCAAGUAUGAAUGAAGCUUAUUCUGACAGCUUAUCUCUGCAAUCCCAGGGGAACAGAAAGGAGCCUCCAGAGCCAUCUGGGCAGGUUGAGCCUCCUGAAUACCAGCUGGAGGCACAAUCUCAAGAUUCAGAGAACCUUGGUGCAGCUCAAAAAGGCUGGAAUCACCUCUCACCCCGUCGUGAGGAAAACGAUUCUUCAGUUCAGAAAGAAGAACCAGUUCAUCAGUUCACUUCUGAGGAGGCUGCGGCAAUAGAGCAGCCUGAAAUAAAUGAUCCUCCUCCAGAUAGAAUUCAAUCUCAGCACUCAAACAUGCCAAAUGUCACAGUGAAGCCUUUAGAUCUGGAGGUGACCGUAAUCUCAGGGGCAGAUAAAGAGACUCAACAUACUUUGAGCCAAAAGCAGGCCCCAGGUCAUCUUUCAGAGAGUGCUGAGGAUAUGGGACCUCCAUUAAUCCAACAAGAGGCCUCAGUCCAGCUUUUAGAAGGUCCUGGGGAGGUAGCACCUUCAUUAAUCCAACAAGAGGCUGCAGCCCCAAAUUCAGAGUUUUCUCAGGAGUUAGAACCUCCGUUAUCCCAGCAAGAGUCCUUGGCUCCAACUCCAGAGCUCAGUGAGGGGUUGGAGCCUUCAUCAACUCAACAAGAGGCCCCAGCUGAGAUUUUAGAGCUUCCUGAAGACCUUGAAAAUUCUGGUAUCCAGCUAGAAGUUCCAGCUCUGCCUACAAAGCUCCCUGAAGAAAUCAGUCCUUUAGUUGAGCAAGAGGGUACAGUUCCAGUUUCAGAAUCCUCUACGCAGAGUAUAGCUGAAACUCCAGCAGCAACCAUUCCAUAUCCCACUCAGUAUCAAGUUCACCAUGAUACUUUGCCCAUGAUUACAGUUAAACCUCCAGAUGUGGCACUCACAAUAACUUCUGAACCUUUUAAGGAGGUUGAAAUGUCCCCAACUCAGGAGCAGACUCCAACUCAGACUUCAGGUCUUCUUGUGCAAGCUGCACAUUAUCCUAGCCUGGAGCAGCAUCCAGAUGAACUUUCUGAAUCUCCUGCAGAGAUUGAAUCAUCUGAAAGUGGUCUGGAAUCCCAAAUUCAGUUUCCAGAGGAAGCUGAGGAAGAGGAGGAGGAAGCUUCUCUAAUGCAGCAGGAUGUCCCAUCGCAGCAUCCAGGCCCUCUUCUGGAGGAUGAGUCUGCUCCUAUAGAACUAGAGCAGCCAGCUCAACCUUCUGAGUCUCUUGAGGAGGUAGGAUCAGGUUCUGGAAGCCAUCCAGAAGUCUUAGUUAUACCUGUAGAACUCCCUGAGGAAGCCAUGCCUCCAACUGAGCAAGUGCCUCCCCUUCAAGCUUCAGAGUCUGCUGUUGAGAACGUAGUUGAAACUCCACCAAUUCACCAAGUGACACUCCAGCCAACUCAGAGUGAAGAGCACCAUUAUCAUUUGCCACAUGUUGCAGUUAGGCCUGUGGAUGUGGCACUUACCAUAACUUCAGAACCUACCAAGGAGAUGGAAUCUUCUCUGACGCAGCAUGAGUCCCCAGUGCAUCCUCUAGAGUACACUGAAGGGGCGGAGCCUUUUCUCAGUGAGCAGGAACAGCCAGCUCAGCCUUCUGAACUGGAAAUUCCAACUCAAUCCUCAGAACAUGCUCUAACCCAACAAGAACAACCAACUCUGCCUUCAGAAUAUCAUGAAGUGACAGUAUCACCCUCAAUUCACCAUCAAACUCACCAUUCAAACUUAUCCUCUAUAAGUGUUCAACCUCCGGAUAUGCAGUUAACCAUAACACAAGAACCCACAACAGAGAUGGGACCUCCUCCAAUGCAUCAGGAAGCUACAGUUAAACCAAUUACAGUCCCAGAAAAGGAUGUAGGCACUUCUACAACCCAGUAUACCAAUCCAGCUGUAACUCCAGAGCCUUCUGAAGGGAUCAAACCCUUAUCAAAUCAACAGGAGUCUCCAGUUCAAACUCUAGAACCUGUUCAGUAUGAAAACCCUUCUCUAAACCAGCAGGAGGGCACAGAUCAGAAUCCAGAACUCCCAGAGGAGCUUGAACCUUCUUCAGCCCAGCAGGAGACCCCAGUGCAAACUCAAGAGCUCCCUCAUGAAACAGUAGUUCAACCUCCAGCACACCAUGAGGCAACAGGUCCUGACCUGGUUCCUAGUCAAGUUCAUCUUCCAGCACCACACGGGAUCACAGCUAAGCCUCCAGUGUUGAUUAAUGAAGUUGGAACUUCAAGCCAACAAGGGUUUGAACCUUCGAAAGACCAGCAAGAAGUUAUAACGCAGCCUCCAACCCUUCUUGAAAACCAACAGCAUUCUUCAGUUCAUCCGGAUGUCCCCUCCCAGCCUGAGGAGCUUCCUGGGGAAGUUUCUUCAGGGCAGCAGGGGAACAUAUCUUCACCCAUAAAGCACACUUUGGGUACAGAAUUUUCACCAUAUCAGCAAGAACACCCAGAUAAACCUCUAGAACCACCUAAAGAUUUUUUUCUUCCUCCACUGGGAGAUACCCUGUACUUUUCACCUGAAGAUCUGGAAGCAAUAUUCAAAUAUGAGCAUUCAAUAUUGCAUAAAACCACAGUUAAACAUCCAAACCAAGCACGAACCAGAGCUCCAGAGUCCUCUAUGAAAGUUUACUCCCUUCAGGAGCAGGAGGAGGACCUACUUCAGCCUAUAGGUUCCACUGAACAAGUUGAAUUUUUACAAGUCCAAACUGAGUCCCCUGAAUCUGAAUUUUCUCAGCAAGGGGCCAUAGCUCAGAAAGCAGACCUCCACAAAGGGGUUUAUCCUUUCCCAACUCAGCAGGAAGGUCCAUAUCUACCUCCAGAUUCUACUAUGGGUGCAGAACCUUCUCCAGCUCAGCUUAUGACCCGCUCUCAACCUGCAGACCUCUCUGAGGAUGUGGAACUAUUUCCAGCACUACAGCCCACCCAUCCACAGGUCUCAGAACACCCUAAGGAGACAGAACUUUCUGCAACCCAACAAGUAGUCCCACACCAGCUUCCAGAGUCAGUGAACAAUAUUGUAAUGUACCCUCCAACAUAUCAGAUGACAGUCUCAACACCAGGUCAGAUUCAAGUUGAGUACUCAGCAUCACCCAUUAUCACGUUUCAGCCUUUGGACCUGGAACUCACCAUAACUUCACAAUAUACUCCAGAAGCAGACCACGCUACAGUACCAAAGAAGACUACACCUCCACCAGCACAUCCUCUGGUGACAUUUCCACAUCAGACUCAGCAACCUUUGGAUAUGGAACUUACCGUAACUCAUCAAUCGACUGCUGAAGAACUUCCUCAAACUCUGCCCGAGACCGCAACUCAGAUUUCACAACCACCUAGAGUGAUCAUAGUUCCAGUCCCAAUAUAUCAUGUGGUGACACCUCCAACACCACGUCAGGAUCACACUGAGUAUCCAACAGCACCUGUUUUCUCCUUUCAGCCAUUGGACCUAGAACUCACCAUAAAUUCAGAGCCUACUAGAGAGACUCAGCCUCCUACAACCACAAAGACUACAGUUCCUCCACCAAAGCCCCCUCACGUUCAACCUUUGGAUCUGGAUCUCACCAUAACUCAUCAACCUACUGCUCAAGAAGAGCUUCCUCAAACCAUACCAGAGAGCACAACUCAUCUUACAGAAUCAACUACAGAAGCUGUAACUUCAGCCCCAGUGUAUCAGGAGGUGACACUUCCAACACCACAUCAGGAUCACACUGAGUAUCCAACGGCACCUGUUGUCUCCUUUCAGCCUUUGGACUUGGAACUCACUAUAAGUUCAGAGCCUACUAGAGAGACUCAGCCUCCUACAACCACAAAGAUGAGUACAGUUCCUCCUCCUAAGCCCCCAACAGUUCAACCUUUGGAUCUGGAACUUACCAUAACUUCACAGUUUACUACUGAGGGAGAAUGUUCUCAAAUUGUGUCAGAGAUUACAACCCAGAUUUCAGAACCACCUAAAAAGGUUGUAGCUCCAGUGCCAAUAUAUCAGCAGAUGGCAAUUCCAACGCCAAGUCAGGAUCAAGAUGAGUAUCCAAUAAUGCCUGUGGUCUCCUUUCAGCCUGUGGAUCUGGAACUUACCAUAACUCCACAACAUACUUCUGAGGGAGAACUUCCUCAAGCUAUGCCAGAGACCACAACUCAUCUUACAGAACCACCUAGAGAGGCUGUAGUUCCAGCCCCAAUGUAUCAGGAGGUGACACUUCCAACACCACAUCAUGGUCAACCUGAGUAUCCAACAAUGCCUGCUGUCUCCUUUCAGCCUUUGGACUUGGAACUCACUAUAAGUUCAGAGCCUACCAGAGAGACUCAACCUCCUACAACCACAAAGAUGAGUACAGUUCCUCCUCCUAAGCCCCCAACAGUUCAACCUUUGGAUCUGGAACUUACCAUAACUCCACAACCUACUCCUGAGGGAGAACUUCCUCAAACUCUGCCCGAGACCGCAACUCAGAUUUCACAACCACCUAGAGUGAUCAUAGUUCCAGUCCCAAUAUAUCAGGAGGUGACACUUCUGACACCACGUCAGGAUCACACUGAGUAUCCAACAGCACCUGUUUUCUCCUUUCAGCCUUUGGACCUAGAACUCACCAUAGCUCAUCAACCUACUGCUCAAGUAGAGCUUCCUCAAAUUAUGCAAGAGGCCAUAACUCAGCCCUCUGAUUCACCUAAAGAGAUACGGGCUCAAGCCCCUGAAUUUCAAGAAGUGACAUUUCCAACACCAUCUCAGGUUCACACUCAGCAUCCACACCCAACUGAAGUUACAGUUCAACCUUUGGAUCAGGAACCCAUCAUAACUUCAAAAUCUACUUCUGAGGUAGAACUUACUCAAACUACACAGGAGACCACAACUCAGCCCCCAGAUACAACUACAAACGUUGUCCCUACAGCACCACCAAGUCCGGAACCAACUGAGCAUCUAACAACACCUGUUGUCUCAUCUCAGCCUUUAGACCUAGAAUCCACUGUGAAUUCAGAACCUACCAAAGUGACUGAAUAUUUUACAGCCGCACAGGAAACUACAGUUUCUCCUCCACAGUUCCAUAAGAUGGCACUUCUAGAACAAGACACUUCCAAAGCUGUAGUUACAGUAACUCCAACUUCCCAUCUGGAUGUUGAACCUUCUUCAAGCACACAGGAAAUACUUCCUGAGCCUGAGCAGCCACAUGAGGAGGUUGCAGCUCAAGCACCAGUGUUUUAUGAAAUCCCAGCAAUUCAGGAUCACACUCAGCAGCCGACUCUUUCUAAAGCCACGGAUCAACAUACAGAAGUAGACCAUACCCUGCCUGUAAUAUCCACUGCAGAGACUGGAGGUUUUGUAGCCCCAUAUAAUAUUACAGCUUUUCCUCCAAAACACCAAGAGAUCACCCUCGUACCUGAAGACCAGGUUCAGGAUCAGCAUGUAAACCCAACUCAAGCCACUUCACACCCAGAGUUUUCCAUAACUCCACGACCUGCUACAGUGGUUAAACGUUCGGCACCAGUUCAGCCUACAGAGUCUCCUAAGGGGACGGUAACUCAAUCUUCAGUACAUUUUGAAGUGACAACUCUAGUUCAUGAUCAAUCUCAGCAGCCAAGCUCAGAGGCUACUCAAAAGACUACACGUUCUACAGUCCCAACAACUACAUCCCCUCCUCCAACACACCAUGAGGUCACACUUUCACCUCCAAACCAGGUUCAGACUCAGCAGCCAAAUCCAACUCAGGUCACAACCCUGUCUUCACACACAGAAUCUUCCACAACUCCACAACCUGUUACAGUGGUAAGCCAUUCUCCACCUGUUACUGAGAUCACAUCUCAGCAUCCAAAUUCAGAAACCAUAGAGCGUGAAGUCCCAACAGUUACAGUUCCUCCAUCAUAUCCUAAGAUGAUACUUCCAUCUCCAGAACAGUUUCAGACUCAGCAAAUCCCAAGUGAAGUCACACUCCAACCUAUGGAUGUGGAAUAUACCGUAACUCCAUAUGCUGCACAUUUUAAUACAGAAAAAAGGCUAAUUAUUAAAAUGAAACAAAAUGCCUCCAUGAUCACCAACCUAUGUGACUUCUGCUUGUGUGAAAAUGGCACACUAUUGUGUAUUCAUCUCAGCCCAAUGCGGAGACUCCACCAAGUGCCUGUGCCAAGGCCCAGCACCUACAAAGGCACUUUAACUGUUUUGAAUUUCCAAGGAAAUGCUAUUUCUUACAUUGACAAAAAUGUAUGGAGAGCAUACCGUUGGACUGAGAAACUAAUUCUCAGUGAAAACCUCCUGACUGAAUUACAUAAGGACUCAUUUGAAGGCCUGCUGUCCCUCCAGGUUUUGGAUUUAUCCUGCAAUAAAAUACGCUAUAUUGAAAGAAGGACAUUUGAGUCAUUACCUUUUUUGAAGUAUAUGAACCUUGGGUGCAAUUUACUCACUGAACUGAGUUAUGGAACAUUUCAAGCAUGGCAUGGAAUGCAGUUUUUACAGAAGUUAAUCCUCAGCCAGAACCCUCUGACAAUUGUUGAAGAUCCCUACCUUUAUAAGUUGCCAGCACUAAAAUAUUUAGACCUGGGGAAAACACAUGUGCCACUGACAGCACUUGAGAACAUCCUCAUGAUGACCCUGGAGCUGGAGCAUCUGAUCUUACCUAGCCACAUGACCUGCUGCCUCUGCAAAUUUAAAAGUGAUAUUGAGGUUGUCUGCAAGACUGUCAAACUGCAUUGCCACGCUGGAUGUCUGACAAACACCACACAUUGUUUUGAAGCACCUAUAGGGAACCCCGAAGGAUCAUUCAUGAAGGUGUUGCAGGCCCGGAGGGAGAACACCAGCACUGAGCUCACUAUUGAACCAGAGAGGGCCUAUUCAGAUAAAGAUGAUCUUAGCUCUUCAGGCUUCAUGGAUGAGCAGCUGGACUUUAACGAUGAAAGUGAUGUUAUUAGUGCCCUAAAUUACAUACUGCCAUAUUUCUCAGAGGGAAAUCUGGAAGAUGUAGUAUCGACAUUGUUACCAUUCAUAAAACUGCUUUUUUCUAAUGUACAAAAUACAGAUAGUUCACUGGAAUCCUACAAAAAUGAUUCAAGGAGCCUUGCUCUUAACCCUGUACCAAAGGCAAGUAAGAUGGCUUACAAAAACAAACUGAAUAAACUUUAUUUUCUAGAGAAUUUGUUAGAUGCAGAGAUUGAUGAGGUUAGAAAGAAAGAGAAAACUGCCAUGCUUAUGCAGCAGUCUGGCCACUUGAGUCCCAAAUUUAAACGACGAAUAUUUGGAAAGAGAUGGGCACCUGCCCGGGCCGAGGAAAACGGUCUUGCAGAGAUUGAGAAGGCAGAGAAAAGACUCCACAGCCUGAACAGAGUGCUCAAGGGGACAGGAAGCGCACAGAAAAGGCCCAUCAGGGAAGUGAGUGACAAGAGACUGGGGAAUAAGCAGAGUGUCCAGACACCUGUGGAGAGCAUCACCAAAGAUGGGCAGCUCGGGAGCCCACCCACAGCGGAGUUGCAACAGCUCAGUCUGGUUCAGAAGCCCAGGAAGUUAGCGGGAAAUUCCUUCCACUCAGAGCCCUUUCCCCCAAAGGAGCACGGGGAAUCAGUGUCUUCUUCCCCAGAACAGUCGCUGGUGGACAAGACUCCCUCUACAAAAUCGCUGCCUGAGUUCAUAGACAGACGAAAAGACUUGUCUUACACCAUUUUUAUUUUAGAAAGUGCAAAUGCCAAUGUGAAAAGAACGAAGGGGUCUAACCCUAGUUUACUGUCUAAAAAGAGAUAUCGAAACCUUAGGAAGAAAAAAUCUCAUUUCCAGUUGAUUGCAAAGAGUCCAGAAUCCUCUGCAGUGAGGAACCUGGUAAAUUCCCCUGCAGAAGGGGUCCUUUCAUCUUUAGGAGACCUGAGUUAUGAAAAAAAGCCUUUUUCAGAAUUAUAUGCUGCCUCAGAACCUCCUACAGAAAAACUUCUUGAAGAAAAUCAGGCAGCAACAGAUGAUACUGAAGAAAACAGCCUCAAAACAGCCCUCACUGGGCCUGAAGAACCUGCAUCAGAAAAUAUUCCCAUUAAGAAUCCUGCUGUAGAGUCUAAUGAGCCUACAGCUGAUUUAAUUACUACUGCUCAGCAAACAAGCGAGCUACAGUUAUCCUUAACCUUGGUGUCUGACUCUGAUAACCAUUUCAAAGAAUUUGCUUACCCAUUGCUGAUGUCACCAGGUGAACGCUUUGAAUCUCAGCUAAACCAGCAGCUGCGGCCCCUCAUCCCUAACAACAACGUGAGAAGGCUUAUUGCUCACGUUAUCAGGACUUUGAAGAUGGAUUGCUCUGAUCCCCGUGUGCAGCUGUCCUGUGCCAAGCUCAUCUCCAGAACCGGCCUCCUGAUGAAGCUUCUCAGUGAGCAACAAGAAUUCAAGCUGUCCAGGGCCGACUGGGAUACGGACCAGUGGAAAACUGAGAACUACAUCAACGAGAGCACAGAAACCCAAGGUGAACAGAAGGGUCUGGAACCAAGUCAGCGCACAAAAGAAGUUCCGGGAUACGGCUACAACAACAAAGUCAUCUUGGCAAUAUCUGUAACUGUAGUGGUGACAGUGUUGAUUAUCAUUUUCUGUCUCAUUGAGGUUUAUUCUCACAGAGCAGCAAGAGAUGGAGAUGAAGAAAAGUACACAGGGAGUAAGAGAUGCUACAAGGACUGUGAGAGUCAGGAAGGAUUUUUCUGGCUAAGGUGGCCACUAUGGCUUAGGGAUAUGUAUAGGCCUCUUCACGACACACGCAAGAAAAACAUGGCUCAGGAUCUACAGGACAAGGAGUCCUCUGGAGAGGAGGAGAUUUUCAAAAAGGAGGUACCAGGGGAGGUCAAGAAAGACGCGAUGCCGCCGGCCCUGAAACUGUCGGUCACUGAAGCAGAGGAGAGUGAAGCAGCUGAUGACGCUGAAGGCACAGAAUGAUCUGCUAUCGUUUAUUAAUAAAUUAUUUUUGGUAGA